AUGGGAGAUCAGGAAUCAGGAUAUGGAUCGUCUCUCACGUUAGAUUCUAUGAAAGUCAUAGCCGAAAGUGUCGGUAUUGCUAACCUCGGUGAAGAUGCCGCUAAAGAGCUUGCUGACGAUGUAACAUUUCGCUUGAAAGUUAUUGUACAAGAUGCUAUGAAGUUUAUGAAUCAUUCCAAGAGACAAAAAUUAUCCAUAACAGAUAUAGACCAUUCACUCAAAAGUAAAAACAUUGAGGCACAGUAUGGCUUUUUACAACCAGAUUCAUUGCCUUUUCGUUUUGCAUCUGGUGGUGGUAGAGAACUUCACUUCAUCGAAGAAAAAGAAAUAGACUUGUCUGAAGUAUUAUCUGCACCUCCUCCAAAAAUUCCAUUGGAUAUAUCUCUCAGAGCACAUUGGUUGAGUGUAGAUGGUGUGCAACCAACGGUACCAGAAAAUCCUCCUCCACUAUCUAAGGAAUCACAAAAGUUGGAAUCUGUUGAUCCCAUUACAAAACUGAGUAAACCAGCUAAUAAAGAUGCUGCAGGUAAACCAGUCUGUGGUAAGGCUGCUAGACUAAAAGCUUCCGAAUCAGUACAUGUAAAACAAUUGGCUACACAUGAACUGAGUGUAGAGCAACAAUUAUAUUACAAGGAGAUAACUGAGGCUUGUGUUGGUAGUGACGAAGGCAGAAGAGCUGAAGCAUUGCAGUCCUUGGCGUGUGAUCCAGGCUUACACGAAAUGCUCCCGAGAAUGUGCACUUUCAUAUCAGAAGGAGUCAAAGUUAAUGUUGUGCAAAAUAACCUCGCCCUGUUAAUAUAUCUAAUGAGAAUGGUUAAAGCCUUACUUGACAAUCAAUCUUUGUACUUGGAAAAAUAUUUACACGAGUUGAUACCUGCUGUAUCAACUUGCAUAGUGUCUCGGCAACUUUGCAUGAGACCAGAAAUGGAUAAUCAUUGGGCACUCCGCGACUUUGCUGCCCGCCUCAUGGCACAGAUCUGUAAAACUUUCAACACCUCCACUAAUAAUCUGCAAACAAGAGUUACCAGGUUAUUCUCAAGAGCACUGCAGUGUCCAUCUCAAACAAAUAAUGAGUCUGGUCCUUCUAUGGUAACAACUAUGAAAGAAUCUGAGAAGACACCUUUGGCAUCAUUGUAUGGUGCUGUCCAAGGAUUAGCUGAAUUGGGCCCAGAAGUUGUGAAGGUGUUUAUCCUACCCCGAGUCCGUUGGCUGGGGGAGAGAAUUGAAGGCGCUUUAAGCGGUAUCGGUGGCGCCGACAGACUCGCAGCUGGUAACCUGAAGCAUCAGCUGCUGAAAGUUCUAGCUCCAGUUGUGCGCCAAAUACGACAACCGCCCGACCAGCCUGAAGACUACAAGCGCGAGUAUGGAUACCUGGGUCCGAGUUUACAGCAAAUGGUCAGUAAGUUGCGCACUUCGCCGUCUACCCCUGGCGGUGGUGGUGCAGUCGCUGUAGUGACUUGCACGCCACCUCUCGUGCCUUCAGCGUCACUACCGGCGCCUGCUGCAGGGCCUAUAGCGGCCCCACAACACUCCACUCUAACUAAGACAGUCGAUUCGAUGGGUACUCGAAACGUGAUAAGUUCGUCUAAUCCAUCGCCGACACCUCCGACACCGCCACCACAGAAGUUUGUGAUUGUAUCGCAACAAAAAGCGCCACAGGCUCAGCCAGCCAGUGGUACCGGGCAUAUUGUGCACAGCUCGCAGCCUACAAUCGUGCGCAGUCAAAAUGUACAGUCGGUGGUGGUGACGAGCGGCCCGGCCGGCAAUCAGCAGCCGCAGAAGGUAGUUGUAGUGGGGAUGCCGCCGCAGCAGCAGGCGCCAGUUACUUGCGGAGUGAGUCAGGCACCAGUGUCAGUUGUAGCAAAGCCAGUAUUCGCGCGAGCGUCUUCAGCACCGCAGCCGCCGCCCGAAUUGGACGACCUUUCCCAUCUCGCCUGA